ACUUCCGUUUCCUGUCAUUCUGCGAUAGCGAAAAAACUCGCUGCCGAUUGUGCUACAGGAUAAUAGCUAUUUUGAAAAACGCUGUACAUCUUUAUUUUUCUAGAGUGUAUUAUAUAUUAGUUGAUUAAUUAAAUUAUUAUUCGUUUGUUAAAGAGCCUUUUCAACAUUAAACAAUAUGUCGAGACGUUCAGUCAGACUGAAAGCGAAAAUGGAGGAGAGAUUGUCACCUCGACCAAAAAGUCCAAAGAACUGUUCAAUUUGUCUAGGAGAGACAGAAAAUAAAUGUUUUACAGACGAGUGCUCUCAUGAGUUUUGCUUUGUCUGUCUUAUGGAAUGGAGCAAAGUCAAAGCAGAGUGUCCUCUGUGCAAAAGAAAAUUUAAGAAAAUAAUGUAUAAUAUUCGCUCCUAUUCUGAUUGUGACGAGUAUAUAGUGCCUGUGAUUGAUAGAUCUGAUCCUAUAGGAAUAGAACCGACCUUAAGUUCGAUCAAUCCUCUCACUUAUUUCGGGGCGUUUCGCCAUAGACAUGCCCGUUUACCAAACAGGGAAACACUAACUCCAGGAUUCCGAGAACCAGUUAUAGAUUCACAUCUUAGCAGGCUACAUGAGUCGUUUAUGGUUGGAUCUCUUCGUUUUAAGAGGCACAUGAAUAGUAGAUGGAGGAACUCUGAGUCAUUUAGAGAGAGUUCGACAUCAUCCAGAGAGUUAAGCGAAUGGGUACGACGAGAGUUACUUAAUAUUUUUACGAGUUCUGGUAGAUAUAGCUCCCUUCAUUCAAGUUUUGAGGAGAUAGUUUCACAGGUCCUUGAUGCAAUAGAUAGACAUCCAGUAGAUUCCAUUCCAUUGAGGAAUAUGCUCCAAGUUCAUUUGGGCAAUGGAACGGACGAAUUUAUUUUCAAAUUAAGAUACCAUGCACCUCGUGGUCACUCAAGCCGUAACUGUUUCAGUAACCUAAAUAACGGAGACGAUGAUGUUGUUGUUCUUAAUGAUAAUUCUUUGACCGUAAAUACUGAAUCAAACAGCCGCCGUAGAAAACGACCUGCACAAAAACGAACAUCUCGAGCAGUGAAUUUACCAUCAUUCUCUCUGGAUUCAAGUUCUGACAACGAAAUUAAUCCUCAUUUUCAACGUUCCACAAAAAGUAAUCGAGCUUCUUCAUCCUCAAUAGAAUGCCUAGGAUCUUCAGACGACAGUGGAAUUAUGGAUGAUAGAACACCUGCUGCAGUAUUUCAGGGAAGAUCCAGACCAAAGCGUCGAACCAGUUACAUAAACAGGAUGUUAUCUAGAACAUCAGCGAAUCCACCUUCUAGAUGGUUUCCUCAUUAUUCUAUUGGUUUACGAAGAAGCUCACCUGUUAUAAGUUUACGUUCUACUUCAUUAGGAGAUGUAGAGGCCGCUGAUGAUGAAGUACAGAUUAUCUCGUCAAAAGCAGCUGAAGUAGAAUGUAUUAAUUUGGUUGAUGAGACAUCUAAUUUUUCAAAUGAACAAAACGGUGAAUCAAAUGAAAUCAGUGUUGGAAUUGAAAGAAGAAAAAGAAAAAGAUCCCAGUCGUUCAGACGUAAAGAUUUUAGUAAUAAAAAGUUUAAUGCAAAAGAACCUUCCUCCAGUAAUAGUAGAGAUAAUGAAAAUAUGGAAUUUGAAAGUUGGCUCUCAGCUGUUGAAAGGGUUGAUCGAACUUCUAGACAAAAUAGUCGAAGGAAUAGUGCUGAAGAUAUUCGAAACCAAGAUGAAUCUGUAUCAGAAAAUAGGAAAGAAUCACCAGCAAAGAGGAAAAAAGGGAGUUUGAGAAAAGAUUCAGCUCGAUUAAAUAGGACAGUUUUCAACGAUGAUAUCAACAUGAUGGAAUGGAAGAAGGAUUACGAAAAGCGGAGGAAAAAUGACACAUAUUUUCCGUUUGAAAAGAAUAUGAAAAUAUUUGCUGACGAUACGAGUGACGAUGAUGAUGAGAAUUUCGAACGAGCACGUGCUAUGUCAAUGGUGUAUAACAGGCCUAAAGAAAAGAAGUCUCCCUCUGAUCAAGAAGAAGAUGCCAGUACAAGUGGCAGUAGUUGCGGGGGAACAAGUAGUAGCUCAACUAAUGACAGCUGA